CUCCUGGUGAUUGUCGUGGUCGUCACGGUCUUGCUAUCUUCGAACCACAACACCAUUGUCAACUUUAUGAAACCGGUCGGCAGCAAGAUCCGAAGCUGGCCAGGCGGUUGGCUCAUUCCCAUUGCCGUGCUUAUCAUCUUGUCCUUCCCUCCCUUGGUCGGCCACGAGGUUGUCGGUAUCCUCAUUGGUGUACUCUGGGGACUGCACAUCGGUUUCUGGAUCCUGGCCGCCGGUACCUUUUUGGGCGAACUGGCCACCUGGUUCGUUUUCAGAACGUUGUGUACGACUCGUGCAGACAAGUUCGAGAAGAAGAACAAGUAUUACGCGGCCCUAACUCAGCUCAUCCGGGAGAAGAGUUUCUUGUUCGUCUUGGUUCUACGGUUCAGUGCCAUCCCUGGUCAUGUGACCACGGCACUUUCCAGUUCUGCCGGAGCCAACUUUUGGAGUUAUUGCGCGGCCGCCAUCUUGACUUUACCUAAACAACUCAGUUUAGUCUACGUCGGUACAGCGUUCAACUCGCACAACAGCACCACCCACGCCGUCUCGAUCGUGACCUUGAUGUUGACCAUUGUCGGGACUGGAGUCGCCGCGGUCUACAUCUACUAUCAG